AUGUUAUUUCAGUGUAAAUCUAGUCGUUGCUCGCCUCUGAAGCUGGUUCUUUGGUUCGUGGCGGGUCUGGGAUGUUUGUCGGUCCGGUCCGGAGCGGAGGAGGACAGCAGCCCGUGGUACCAGGACCUCUGCAGUUAUACAUGGCAGGCCAUAGAUCAGGAUAAUAAUGUGAGCUACACGCUAAAGCUCUGCGAGUCUUCACCAUCAACCAGCUGUGGCCCCGGCACCGCCAUCUGCGCCCGGGACCUCACCACCACAGCCAACCAGUCUGUCGCUCUCUCUCUCUGUCUGUCUCUUGUUCUCAUCGGCAGUUAUUCGGACGGAGAUCUGACUCUGAUCUACCCAGACGGAGACAGAUGCUCCUCCGGCUUCGAGAGAAUGACCAUCAUCAACUUUGAGUGCAAAGAGAACGCAUCCAGCGGUGGGCGAGGGGAGCCGGUGUUUGCGGGGGAGACAGACUGCACGUAUUACUUCGACUGGGAGACGGCCUUCGCCUGCGUCAAGGAGAAGGAGGAUCUACUGUGUCGAGUCAGAGAUGACACCAAACACUACGACCUUUCACCCCUCACAAGAUACCCUGGCUCGGGUGUCGCUGGGAACUGGGAGGCGGUGGACGCUAAAUCUCCAAAGCCGGACAGACGUUUCUACCUGAAUGUUUGUCACAAAGUCCUUCAAGCAGGAGCUGCUGCCGGCUGCCCGAUGAACACCUCCAUCUGUGCCGUGGAUAAGGAGCACGGAGCCGUCAGCCUGGGCAGCUUCCUCUCAUCUCCCCAGAAGACUAAAGUAGGAAAUGACAUCAGACUGGUGUACGGCGAAGGAAGUUACUGCGUCAAUAAAAAGACGAGGAUCCAAACUAUCCUGACCCUCAAGUGCAAACCAGGAGAUCUGGAGAGCGCUCCCGUGCUUCGCAGCGUUUCGUCUGAUGGGUGUGUGUACGAGAUGGAGUGGUACACCGCGGCCGCCUGCGUCCUCUCCAAGACCGAGGGAGACGACUGCAAGGUGGAAGACCCUCAGGCUGGGUUCUCUUUCGACUUGUCGCCUCUCUCCAAAGCCGAAGGUGGCUUCUACAACCUGACCAGCGAGCGCUACGACUACUACAUCAACGUCUGUGGUUCUGUAAAGGCUGCCAGCUGUCCGGAGAAGGCCGGCGCAUGCCAGGUGGAGAAGAGUUCUUGGAGUCUUGGGGAAGUGAACUCCCGCCUGUCGUACUACGACGGAAUGAUCAAGCUCACCUACAGUAACGGCUCGCAGUACAACAACAAAGAACACACUCUCAGAUCCACGCUCAUCUCGUUCCUCUGUGACCCAGAAGCCGGAGCUGGAAAUCCCGAAUUCCAGGUGGAGGACCAGUACACUUAUAACUUCCGCUGGUAUACAUCCUACGCUUGUCCCGAAAGGCCACACGAGUGUUUGGUGACGGACCCCAUCACUCUUGAGCAGUACGACUUGUCCAGCUUGUCCCGCUCCACCAACAUGACCAACUGGCAGACCAUGGAUCUGUCUGACACCAUGAACCUGAAGAAGUACUACAUCAACAUAUGUCGGCCGAUCAACCCUGUCCUAGGCUGCGACCGCCACGCUUCCGUCUGUGAGACGAAGUACAUAACUGAGCAGGGCUCUCCGAAGGAGGUUGUGUCCGUCAGCAACAUGGGCGUUUCCAAGCGCGGGCCGAUCAUCGAGGCGCGGGACCGGCUGCUGCUGGAGUUCACGGACGGCUCUGUCUGCAUGUCAGACGGCAAGAAGCUCGCAUACACAACACGCAUCCAUCUGGUCUGCUCCAGAGGAAGUUUGACAACGGACCCGCGCUUCCUGAUGUACCAGAACUGUACUGCCAACUUCAUGUGGGACACCAGGGCAGCCUGUGCCAUCAAAACCACAGAGAACAAUCGCUGUGCUGUGGUGGAUCCCAACACCGGCUAUAAAAUCAACCUUCAGCGUUUGGCCACUAAGACGGGAUACAAGACCACCGGGAAUGGAAAGGACUUCCUGGUGAACCUUUGCUCAGACAUGGCAGAGUGCGGACAGGGCAUGUCCGGCUGUGAGCUGGAAGACGGGCAUCCCUCCAGCCAAGUGGGGGUGGAGAAGACCCUCCAGUACACCACCGAUGGCCUGCUCCAGUUAACGUAUAAGGGAACCCUGGACGAGCCCACGGCAACUCGGGACACCUUCACCAUCAACUUCGUGUGCGAUCUAAACGCUCGCUCCGGCUCAUUGAAGCUGAUUCACGAGAACUUGAGUACUGUGUCCGACCACGUCAUCCACAGCGUCUUGUUUGAGUUCUCCACGGCUCUGGUCUGCAUGCCUCCUCCAGUUGACUGCCACAUCGUUGAUUCCCACGGUAAUGAGUAUGACCUGAGUCAUCUGAUCCGGGACGGGGAGGACAGCCCCUGGAUGGCCAUCGAUACAGCUGUGGCCAAAUCACGCAGCUUUUACAUCAACGUCUGCAAACCUCUUCCUCCUGUGAGCGACUGUCCAGUGGGUCCUUUGGGUUCUUGUGGCGUGAUUGAUGGGAAGAGCUACAACCUGGGAUACGUCCAGUCCAUGCUGCAGGCCGCGGAGGACGGCUCCAUCAGCAUCGUGUACCAGAAGGGAGAUCAGUGUGAUUCCACGUCCCGCUACUCGACGCGCAUCAUCUUCCUGUGUGAUGACAACCCGGGCUCCCCCAUGUUCGACCGUAAAGAUGGCUGUGAAUAUGUUUUCGUCUGGAGAACAUCUGAGGCCUGCCCCAUCAGGAAGUCUAAAGGUGAUGACUGUCGGGUUCGUGACCCCAAAAGUGGCUACGAGUUCAAUCUGAGCUCUCUGAAGGAUCGCGACUACCCCAUCCGCAGUGACCAGUACAUCUACCACCUGUCUGUGUGUGGGGGGCUCCAGAGGGACAUCUGCACACACAAAGACACCGGCGUGGAAUCUGUCUCGUCCUGCCAGAUGGACGGGGGCAAAGCCAAGAUUGCAGGAAUGGCAAGCCAGGUUCUGAGUUAUGUGGGAGACCAGCUCAUCCUGAACUACACUAAUGGAGACGCCUGUCAUAAGAUAUACCAACGAUCCACGGAGAUCUACUUCUCGUGCCAUCCCGACCGCCAUCCUGGAACACCAGAGUUCAUCAAGGAGACUCCAGACUGUACCUACCUGUUCAGCUGGCCCACCGCCCUCGCCUGCGUCCCAGUCAAAACCACCAGCUGCUCCUACAAUGACGGUCAGGGCCACUCGUACGACCUCUCCCCUCUGUCUAUGGACGCUCGAAACUGGGAGGUGGAGCCCUCUACGGAGGACACAAAGCGGUUUUACAUCAAUGUCUGCAGGUCGCUGGUGCAGCAGGGAGGUUCGUGGAAGUGUCCCUCCAGUGCAGCGUCCUGUGUGAAGGUCGGAGAGGAAUACGUGAGUCUGGGGCAGGUGGAGUCCGGUCCUACGCUGGACAGAAAUGUCCUGAAGCUGCAGUACACCAGCGGCCAGGCCUGUCCCGCUGGAGGUCGCAACAAGAGCAGCAUCAUCCGCUUCAAGUGUGACAAAGACAAAGUGGACUCCCGGCCUACUCUGAUCUCUGCCGUUGAGGACUGUGUGUACACUUUCCUGUGGUUAACGGCGGCCGCCUGCCCUCUAAACAGCAGCCAACACGACAACUGCCAGGUCACCAACCCCGCUACAGGUCACUUGUUUGAUCUCAACACCCUGACAAAGGAGGGAGGUUACACUGUGUACGACCAUCAGGAACACAGGAAGACGUUCCGCAUGAACAUCUGUGGAAACGUCACCAACUCUGGAUGCGUCCCUGACAGCGCCGUGUGCAUUAAAGAUGCCGCGACUGCAGUGAGCGGCGGUCAGGUGAGCAGGAAACUCUCGUACAACGAUCACGUUCUGGAGCUGACGUACGAAGAAGGAAGUCCUUGCCCGGCAAACGCCGACCUCAAGCACAACACCGUCAUCCACUUCAUCUGCAGGCCGCCUAACAUGAGCUCAGCCGCUCCAGAGCCGGUUCUCAUCGAGUCCAACGCCAAGACGUGCUCACACUUCUUCUCUUUCCACACACCGCUGGUCUGCGAACAGCCAGUGAAGUGUUCGGUCCUGAACGGCUCCACUCUGGUGGAUCUGACUCCUCUGAUCCAUGUCAGUGGAUUCUACACAGCCACAGACGAGGCCGUGGACCAAAGUGACGGAUCUCCAGACUUCUACAUCAACAUCUGUCUGCCUCUGAACCCCAUCCCCGGGGUCACCUGCCCCUCCGGAGCUGCUGUCUGUUCAGAUCCUGAUAAUGGACCUCCAGUGGACAUCGGGCGGACGACCAGCGGUCCUGAGAUCAACAGUGCGACGGGAGAAGUGUCCAUCACUUACAACAGCUCCACCAAGUGUGCAGCCGAUCCUGAACAGAACUACACGUCCACCAUCAUCUUCACCUGCCUGCGAGGCCUGGAGCUGGGCUCUCCACAAAUGCUGAGGCUGCAGGAAUGUGUGUAUUUGUUUGAGUGGGCGACUCCUAUCGUCUGUUCAGACGCCACCCACACCAACACCAGCGGCUGCCAGCUCACCGACUCCCAGCUCCAGUUCACCUUUGACCUGUCCACCCUCUCUGGUGAAGUCCAGGUACCAGCGAGCUCCAACAACUACCGCAUCAACGUCUGUGGCUCCGUGGCUGAGCCGGCCUGUAAGAAGAGCGCAGUUUGUCUCGUGUCUGGUUCUGGUUCAGACAUGACGGCCUCAUCAUUUGGCAUCAGCAAGGCCAUGACGAUGGACUUCAAACACGAUGAGGACGCCGUACUGAUGCGGUACGGUGGGGGAGACCCCUGCCCACCAGCCUCUGGUAAGCGCCAGUCCUCCAUAUUGUUUACCUGCGACCAGUCCGCAGGCCACGGCUCUCCACAGCUGCUCUCGGAGACGUUGGGUUGUUCAGCCACUUUUCAGUGGCGCACCAGCGCCGUUUGUCCCCCGGUGAAGAUGGAGUGUAAGCUGGUCAGCCAGCAUCAGACCUUCGACCUCCGCACCCUGUCCUCCCUCACUGAGCCCUGGAAGUUCAGCCACCAUGGAGACUCGUACUACAUCAACCUGUGUCAGGGGAUCCACGGGGGGCUGCCAGGUUGUCCGGACGGAGCGACCGUGUGCCGACACUCUGCAGCCGGCCUGACGCAGACCCUGGGCCGAGUUUACACUCAGAAGAUGAGCUACACCGAGGGAAAGAUCUCCGUCAGCUACUCAGCGGGAGACGAUGUCUGUGGUAACGGAGUGAAGGCCAAGACCACGAUCCAGCUGAGCUGUGGCUCCACUGUUGGACACCCGGCAAUCAUCAGUGUUGACGAGGCUUCAUGCCAGUUUGUGAUUGGCUGGGAGACUCGCUCAGCGUGUGCCGUGAAGCAGCGCGAGGUGCUGAUGGUGAACGGGACGAUACAGGUGCCCGACACCGGAGCCAGCCUCAGUCUGGGAGCGCUCUACUUCAGCCAACAUCAGGCGUCUGGAGACAUCCGUCCCAACGGCGACCGCUACAUCUACCACAUCCAGUUGUCCGGCAUCACCAACGACUCCCUGCCCAGCUGUCUCGGUGCAAACAUCUGCCAGGUCAAACUCAACGGGCCCUACAGACGCAGGAUCGGCUCCUCCAGCAAGGCCAAGUACUACAUUAAAGGAGGUAACCUGGAUGUGAUGGUGCCCUCUGAGUCCGCGUGUGGGCGCGAGAAAACCAAAAUGGUGUCGUCCACCAUCAUGUUCCACUGUAACCCCUCGGCAGGCGUCGGCAUCCCCGAGUUUAUGCUGGAGACGGAUGAAUGCCAGUAUCUGUUUAUGUGGCACACGGACGCUGUGUGCGGUCUCACAACUGUUGAAGCGGAGUCGUACGACGGCGGCGGAGACGAGGCUCCAGCUGUCUCCAGGCGCAGCCAGGCGGUGUGGCUGAUGCUGACCCUCCUGCUCGUGGGUCUGACCGUCUGCCUGCUCGGGCUUUUACUCCACAAGAGAGAGAGGAGAGAGCUGGUGAUCCAGAAGGUCGCUGGCUGCUGCAAACGAGGAAAUCAAGUCUCUUAUAAAUAUUCCAAAGUCAACGUGGACGAAGAAGGUGGAGAAGAGGAGAUGGAGUGGCUGAUGGAGGAGCUCGAAGGCCCUCCCGCGUCCUCUUCCUCGUCCUCCCAGCGAGGGAGGAGCAACCACGGCAACGGUCACAUUAAGACCAAGCCGGUGAACACGGACGGCCUGCGCUCGUUCUCGAUGGACGAGCAGGACGACGACGACGACAGCGAGGACGAGGUGCUGAGUGUCCCGGGGGUGCGCGUGGUCAAAUCCUCCGGACUCGCCAGGCACUCGGCGGCCCAUCGCAGCCCCUUCCUUCAGGAGGAGAGUGACGAGGACCUCGUCGGCCUCCUGGACGAGUCGGACAGGAAGAGGAAGAGCGGCAAACCUCGCUCCUCAGGAGUGAGUCGCGCUGACAACGCGGCGGCAAACAGGAAACGGGACGAGGACGACAGUGACGAGGACCUCCUCAGGGUGUGAUGUCACUUCCUGCCUCCCGCCUUUACACCCAAUCUGAACUCUUCUCAGUGAACGUCUCCAUAGCAACAACAAUGACAUACCAACAACACGUUGAAAGCAGAAACCUUUCCUCUCUUUCGGGAUUUAUUUGUUUUGGGUUGGACUGCACCUUUACUUGGCCUCAGACUCUCCCGCCGCCGUCACAGACUGUGGUGUUGCCACAUGGUUUCUUAUUUAUUGAACGCUGAUUAUUUGAAGUGCUCUGCAGGCCGUGUCUGACCUGCACCCUGUGUUCUCGUGUUGUCUGCGGAGCGGUGACGUCUCUGCAGUCCUGCCACAUUUAUCUCGUACAGAUACUAAGAUCACGUGAAAUCAACCCCAGAUGCACAAAAAUCUACUUUGAAAUCAUACUUCUCUCUUUCUUUACUGCGGCGUCCAUUAACUGAGGAUAAGACGACGCGUCUGCAUUUGGAGUUGAUUUUUAAUGUCCAGGAUUGCGUUUGAUAUCUGUGAGACGCACCGUUCAGCAGCUCGAUGGUGAAACAGUUUAGCAGAUGGAAAACAACAGCUGUCAGAGAAGGCGAAGGGGGCCGGGUGAGUCCCUGCACGCGGGCGGUGAAGGAGUCCGUCUGUGUCGUGUCGCUGUUUACAGUUGCUAUAACAGCAGACGUUUUCUCUUGCGAUGCCUUCCUGAUGAUGAACUUACUUUGCAGCUUCACAUCUGAAUUAUGUCCGGCGACGGAUUGACUUUCUGUUCCCGUGUUGUACAUAGAGGAUGACGUUCUAUAAUGUGGACGUUUUGUUUGUUUGUCGUCUCCGCCGGUGAUUCGCUCACACGUUUUUGUUUUUAUGAUUAUUUAAAUGGUUUGAGACUGUCUGUGAGAAUCUGUGCGAAAAACUAGAGAUGGCCUUAAGUGUGAAUGGACGGUCGAGGAGGUCGAACGUGAAACAUGGGAUGUUAGUUUAGGUUGUUUUUGAAAGCCCCCCCCCCCCUCUCUCCCUCCCGCCAAAGCCAUAUUUCUACAGCCACCGCUGGCACUAAUGUAUGGAAGUUGGGAAUUUUUGUUUCCGCUUGCACGCUCUCGUACAUUCAAGGCUCAGCUUUGGUCUUCAGGUUUGUGAUUGUCGAUGUUUUAACUCGGAGAUCAGCCCUCUGUAGCCAAACGCAUGAAACUGUGAGAGAGAAGGAGGAAGUGACGCAUUAAAGGAUCAGUUCACUUACAUUUAAACACAUUUUUCUGCUUAAUAAUCAAAGCAGUGUGAUGACGGGAGAUAUUCUGGAGAAGUAAAUCGAAGCGACUGCAGUUCAAAGUCAGUGUUUGUGUUUCGUCCCGCUUCCACAUUCUUUUCUUUGGACGUUUCUUAGUUUACACAAUAAGGGCGUGAUAAUAAAUGUUAAUAAACCCACAAAUAGCUGAACUUUUGCACCAAUGUAGUUCUGUAAUUCAUCUUCUCUGCUGUGCUGUGUGUUUUUCUGAGGCUGCAACUAACAAUUCUUUUCAUUGUCGAUAUAAAAUGUGAGGAACAAAGUGAAGAGGAUCUCAGAGAUGAAGCAACACGUCCUCACGCUGGGGAAUAACCUCAAAUAUAAGUUCUGUAGAUGAAGUCACAUGUUCAGCCUCAGUGUUUUCCUCUAAAGCUCCACUUACUCUGAAGCUUUCAACUGCGGCUCACAGCACAUUUGGCAUUUCCUAAUAUUCAGCCGAGGAGUCCACUCGACGGAGCUGUGGUUGAAAGCUCCAGAGAAAGGUAGUAAGUUGUCCUUGAGCGAAGAGUUAAAGAAAACCUAGCAGGUGUCAAUCAACAGAUUCAUAAUAUUAUGAGUCUGUUAGUCGUUUUACUUCUUCUCUGUUUUAGUGGAUUAGUGUGAUGAGAUGAGACGAAUCAUUAUCAUCCAGCACCUGAAGAAUCAUCUCCAGGUGUUCUCACCUGGAUCCAUUCACUGGAAGAAGAACCUUUCGGGGAAUGUACUUUCAUAAAAACACCUCGUGCGCUCAGACGAAGAGCCUUCCUCACAUCGUGUGCAUGAUUACAUCGUGUAGAGUACAACGGGGGAUGGUGCCACAUUAAGUCAAGUACAAACCAAACAUGCGACGCUAAAAUGUCUCAUCAAUCACUAAAGAGGGAUUCACCUUUUUCUAAAGCUUAACAUCUGCGCACAAGAUGUUAAACAAACCUCUUCAAAUGGGAAAGAAUCAGUAUUUUAUACGUAUUUUAUGUUCUGUGUUAAUCUACCACAAUGAUUAACACAGAACCUGCUCCAGGGUGUUCAGUGACUUAUUGUCCUGCGUCUUUAUCUCGUUGUAAAGUCUCACGUGUCUUUGCAGAAGAACCACAUCAUCAAGUGUUUCAUCAAAGUCACCAAGUACAAAUUCAAUUAGUGCAAUUACAAGUGAAAUGUCAAGAAUCUAUAUUUAUUAUUAAAAAGAAAUCCCUUCUGACUUUAUAUGAGCUUUUAUUUGAAAGCUCUCUGGAGGUGUGAGCUCCUCUACCUGUGUUGGCACUUUGUAAUCAUCCCGCGGAGACGUCGCCGCCGAGGAAGCGUUCAGUGCGUCCUUUCUUACGUUGCAUAAAGUCUGUUUCUGCUGUAGCAACCAAAGUUAGUGUGGCUCAUGUGCAUGGUGCUGUGCUGACCCUUCUCCUGUCUAUCCACAUAUGAAUGGACGUUCUUGUGCUUUUUGUUUUUUGUCUGCACUCGAUCAGAAAAACGCUUUUUGUGACGUGAAACUAAUUCAGAGUGAAAUUCACACAAACGAGAAAAAAAGCAAAUGUUUAAAAAGAAGCACAAGAAGUUUCCUGUGAUGAUUCGGGACUCUGGGAGGUCGUCGGUGUUCGGGUUUAGUUGUGUUCGUCAUGUCGUCUCAUGUGUUUUCAGCUCUUUGCCUGUUUUUCCUAUUUAAAAAAAACAUUGAUGUAAAAAGUAUUGCAUUAUUUGAAUAAAUAAGAUCUGCUGUUUA